AUGAUCGCAGCACCUCCGUGGCCGGCUUCCGGAACUUGGCUUGCAGUGGCAGGUCUGAGCAAAGCUGGACGAUUCGGGCCAGGACAGCGGCAGCCUGGGCCAUGGGACCAGAGUAGACGCGGCCGCAGAGGCAGGUGCCGACGUGCUGCUUGGUGGGCUCUCGCCGGAGGUGCAGCAUUGGGCGCGAGAUCUCGAGCACUUCGAGCACCUCGAGCACCUCGAGCACGAUGCACCACCUCUGCUGCAAGCGGCUCCGCUCCCUUUGACCUCUUUCCGGUGCCUGGAUCUCCCGAAAUCGAGUUGGAAGUUCUCGGCGGACAAGGCGAUGGCAAAGUCCAGCCAGUCACGCUGUUACUCAUCCACGGGAGUUACCAUGCAGCAUGGUGCUACGAGGAACAUUUCCUUAGCUUCUUCAGAGGUCAGGGAUUCAACACGUAUGCCCUGUCGUUGCGAGGGCAGGGACGUGGCAAGAUGUUCCCGAAGCUUCCUGUGGCUGGUGCAUUAGAGGAGCACGCAUCCGACAUCCAGGCCUACCUUCAUCAUCUUCGGGAACUUCACGGGCAGCCGGUGGUCCUGCUGGGCCACAGCUUCGGGGGUCUUAUGGUGCUGCAGGCAGCCACGGCCUUGAAGGAUUCGGGGGCCUUGGCUGGCCUGAUUCUGCUUUGCGCCGUCCCGCCAGCGGGCAAUGUCGGCAUCAUCCUUCGCAGCCUCUUCAAAGCUCCAUUGCAAGCUCUGCGCAUCACCUGGGGUUUCGUUGCACGUGCCUUCGAGAGAGAUGCAGAGCUUUGCCGACAGCUAUUCUUCGAUGCGGACACCCCUGUGGAAGACGUCGGAAAGUACAUGGACCUGAUGAAAGAAGGCUGUCCCGAAGGAACACGAUUGCUAGACCUACGCCAGCUGCAGAGGUCGCUACCGGUGGAAGCCUGCGGCCAUGCGCCGGUGCUUGUCCUUGGAGGCGAUGCAGAUGUCAUCGUAGACAAAGAGGACAGUUUAACGUCCGCAGUCAAGGCGUCGGAUAGCUGGACCAUGCCUCUGACAGUGACCCCCAAAGGUGGGAUGUAUCCUGUACCUUUCGUGCUGGGCUUGGAUGUAUACAGCUACAAAUAUGGCAAGCACAUGGCUUCCCGCGCAGAGGCUCGUGCACAAACGAGCGUCCGAGAACGCAGCAGCGGCGGAGGAAGUGCUGCAAACAGACCGACGAGACCUGCAAGCGCGACACCUGCCAAGUUGGUGCAGGCGGGUGUUCAUGGGAGCACGACCUUUCUUUGGAACGGUGAUGGAGCUCAUUCGGCAGACUCUGGUGCGUCCCAAGUUCGGAAAAAGCGACAGAAACGCACAGAUGACCUGCUUCAUGAGUUGGUUAUGACCUUCGGAGACCCGAUCGAUGUCGUCUACGAGUGGUUUGAGAUCUUUGCUUUUUAUUCUGAUCCUCCGGAAGCAGUUGCUUUGCCCAAGCUACCGGAAAGGAGAGAGCAGGAUAUGUUCAUGGACAAGAUCGAGUUGCCGACGUCCCAGAGCCUCUCAUGCCUAACCUCCAGGCAGAACACCAAGCGACCUGUCAGGAGAGGUCGCACACAGUCCUUCUCGGCACCACGUUUGCGGAGACCCGAGAUGAUCAGUGUGAAGAGCCCCUCCUUCGAGGGCGACAAGAAGUUUGAGGCCCUUCGGAGUGAGCUCUACAAGACACGCUCCUUGCUGAAGGAGGCUGGGCUAGCAGGAAAGGGGGCUGGCCACUUGGACUUGGGCCACCGGUUUAAGGCCCAGGCCCUGAAUGCAGAGUCAUUUGCAAGCUGGAUGGAGAGCUUUACCUUUGUUCUCAACCUUCAGAGGCCCAAAGCCGACAUGCCACAAGGAAAGAAAGAUCACAGCCGAAGCAGUCGCCACAGUCGUCACAGCCAGCACAGCCGCCACACAAGAGGUGGCCACAGCCCCUCACGGCGACGCUCGGUGACGAGGCCUGCUGGGCCCCCCGACGUGGAGAAUGUCACCAAAAGACUGCUGGCAAGACUGGACCAGAGGGUCUUGAUUGGUAGCUGGGAGGUCAUCACUAUGGAGGAUCAAAAGGAAUCUAGCAGUGCCGCCAGCAGCGACGAUGACACGGAGAGAAGGCAGAUGAUCGCGCAAAGCUUGUCUCAAACAGAUGCCAGGCAGAUCAUGUUGCGCAGCAGUAGUCUAGCAAUGCUGAACUCGGGCAUGAUCAAGAAGUCAAAGUCCAAAGCUGCGGACCGUACAAAGCCUGGAUAUGAUGAGGUGGUCAAGACCCGUGCUCGAAUUCUCAACAGCAUUUCACCUGCAGAAAUGACGGUCAAGAACUUGACAUCUUUCCUAGCUCUGUUCGGCAUGCAACGCAAGGGUGCGUGUCAGCGUGCUGCCAGAUAUUUCCUCUUUGCUGUCCCGUGCAACUCGCACACGGUGGCCAGCAAUCAAUCCGAAAUGGAUGAUGACGAGAAUCAGGAGGACGGAGCAUGGCUUCAGGAGAAGCUUCCCUUCGAAGUCUUCUACCGCCUGAUGCGGGCUCUGCAACCUGAGGGCUCCGACGUGGCCACUUCCUAUCUGGCAUCCGAGCUUCUCUCGCGACUGCUCUUCUGCGUCCUCGUUGGCCACGAGGGCGUGCACCACUCAGCUGGUGCAGCUGCGCGCUUCCUGGAUGACUCGUCGCCUCGAGGUGUCUCCAGUGCCAGCCUGGCUCAGUCACUGCGUCUCAUCUUGUCCAACGAGCUCCUCUCCGAGUCCAGCUUGGAAGCACAGGUCCUGGCUCUUGCGGAGUUUCUGAGCUUGGCGCUCCAGCGUAGCGAGGCACGUUGGAAGCGUGUCGCAUCCGAAGAGUCCAGUGGCGUGAGCUACAACGGUUUCCUGACUUUCAUGAAGCAGCAGCCGGAUGCCUCCGUGCAUCUCCUCUUCCUCCUCUUACCUCUAGCUCGGAUGGGGCCAAAAUUUGCGGCGGAGGAGAUGUACCUGAUUCGCAAGGGGCUGUCCCACCGGGCUGGCGAACUCCGAGCGAAGGCAGCGAAGUUGACUCGCCAGCGGCAGAAGAGGUGGCUUCUUGACCUGUGCUCCAACCUCGUCCAACCUUGGAUUGAGGCCUGCGCAUUGUAG